AUGGAGAAUUUUUUCUUUCCUCUGAAAAGUGUUACUGACUCAUGGCUGAGCUCCAGCACCACCCCAUGGGUGAUGGAUGUCAUCCUAGGCAUCCUGUGUGGGCUGGGGCUCUUCCUCUUGUUAUGUGCCUUCUUCCCUAGCAAUCCACCGGGACCACUUCCCCAAAGAAAGACAAAUGCCAGGAAGUCACUGGGGGACAAGCAGGAAACUGCCACCACACAACCCUUUUGGAUCACAAAAGACAAACAGCAGCAGCUCUCUCGGUCUCUGAAGCAAUAUCCCAUGGGCUCAGAGGAUCCUUUACAGCAGAAAUGCAGCCAGCUGUAUUGGGGCCUCCCCUCGCUGCAUAGUGAGUCCUUGGUGGCAACUGCCUGGGUCUCUAGUAAACCUGCCCCGUGCAGCUCUAAUUCGGUUAAAUUCAACAGACCAUCUUCUACAAUUUCGGUACAAAUUGUGGCUGAUAUUCCUUCUCAGCUUCCCCAGGGCCAGCCUUUGCCUCAUGCUGCUCCUCUUCCCCAACCUGUGCCUCAAAACUUGUCUCCACCUGGGGCUCAGUUCAAGUCCCAGGACUCUCUCCCCAGUUCUGUCCCAACCCUACCAUGCUCUUCUCACACUAAGAACUGUAGAACAUCUCAGCCUGCAACCCAGAAACGGGCACGCUUUUUGAUCGUCACUGGAGAGCAACAGCAGGAACAGUCCUUGCAGAAUCCACAAAAAUGGAAGUCUGUAAACACUGAACUCAGAAAACCUCAGGCAUCGUUUGGCCAAGCCACUCCGAGCCUUUCCCAGGACAGCGGGGCCUCUGAGACCCACCAGUCAGUCCCUACCCUUCUUGGGGAUUCCAUCAGCCCUGAGGUCCAAGGACAGCAACAGAGACAUACUCAACAGAGACUUAUCAAGUUCAGAUACCCUGAGAGGCCUCCCUGGGAAUUUCAGGAACAGAUGCAGCCUCAGGGCAAAUUCCCAGAGGAGUAUCCAUCUAGGACAAGGGACAGGGCUGAGCACUCCCAGCCCUCUCUGGUCAUGGGUAAAAGCAGCAAGGUUGUGAGGAAGGUGAGGGGACGGCCCUAUAUAAGAUUCUGUGAGGUCCCAGCAGAGGUCAAGCGAGAGAAGAGCCCAGACGAGGACCCAGGGCAAAAUCUGAAGAGGAGCCCAGGAGAUCUACCCAGAGGUUCAAGACUCUCAUCUCAGGAAGUUCUGCAGGAUGCUCAGGGGGAGACAGAAAGGCCCACCACGAGGCUCUGGAAGUGUGAUUCAGACAAUUUCCAUCUCAGCAGCCCAGAUGAGAAUCAUUUCCAGAAAACACUGAAAGCCCCUGGGCAAUAA